AUGAUGAAUUCUCUCGCUUUCUCACUUUUUUUCUGUCUGGUUUUUAACUCCUUUCUUCAUUCAUUCUGUCGUUAUUUUUUCUUCUUUCUUCAACCAAACCUUCUUUUCCCUAUCUUCCUCCUUUGUCUGUUUAUAACUUCUUUUAUUCCUCUUUCUUUCUUUCUUUCCUUCUUUCUUUCUUUCCUUUCUUUCUUUCUUUCUUUCCUUCUUUCUUUCUUUCUUUCUUUCUUUCUUUCUUUCUUUCUUUCCUUCUUUCUUUCUUUCCUUCAUUCCUUCCUUCUUUCUUUCUUUCUUUCUUUCCUUCUUUCCUUCUUUCUUUCUUUCUUUCUUUCCUUCCUUCCUUCCUUCUUUCUUUCUUUCUUUCUUUCUUUCCUUCUUUCUUUCCUUCUUUCCUUCUUUCUUUCCUUCUUUCCUUCUUUCCUUCUUUCUUUCUUUCUUUCUUUCCUUCUUUCUUUCUUUCUUUCUUUCUUUCUUUCUUUCUUUCUUCUAAUGAAAAUAGCGUAUCUAUCUAUUCUCUCUCUCUCUCUCCCAGUUGAUAUCUUCUUCUCUUUGUUUUUCUCUUCUCUCUUUCUUUCUUUCUUUCUCCCUUUCUUCCUCUCUUUGAUAUCUUUCUUCUUUUUUUGUUUUUCUCUUCUCUCUCUUUCUUUCUUCCUUUCUGUCCUUCUCUCUCUCUCUCUCUCUCUCUCUCUCUCUCUCCCGCUCUUUCACUCAUUCAUAUUUUCCUUCGAUUUUCUUCUGGUAUUUUCUCAACUAUUUCUCUUUUCUUUCUUUCUUUCUUUCUUUCUUUCUUUCUUUCUUUCUUUCUUUCUUUCUUUCUUUUCUACCUUUUUCGUUGUUUAUUUAUUUAUUUGUUUAUAUUUUUUUCCUUUACAUUCGACUUUAUAUACUCUCUCGAAAUUUGUCCCUCUCCCUCUCACUGACCAUCUUUCUCUAUCUCUUUUUAUUCUCUCUAUUCUUUUUAUCUCUCUUAUUAUCACCCUUCUCUCUCUAUCUGAAUACUGUCUCUAA